UCGGUAUUGACGGCUGCAGCGCUCGUAAUAUUUUUAGUGACGUUCUUUGUCGUAAACUAUCCGGAGAUCCGCCGCAGCCGCUUUGACGCUGCUAACAUGACGGUCGACGAAAUCGACAUUGCCUCUCGCUACUGCUGCGAGCGCAGCUGCGACGACACCUGCUCAAAUUCCUUCUUCGGCACUCGCUGCGACGCUAUGCAGAACGCAGCGCAAGCCCUCGACCCAACAAAGUGCACCGCAAACAGCACAAACGCUGCUCUCUGCCCACUCUCCGGCCCCGCGGCAACAUGCGACAACGGCGAUUACUGUUGUGCGACUUGCUGCUCGACGUGCCAGAGCUGCACUACCUCAUGCUCGGGGACCGGAUCGUCGCAAUCAUGCACAACAUCAUGCAGUUCAUACGAAUGCAACUGUUACUGCUGUUCGGAAACCGCCCACCAGCAGUGUACCAUGCAAUGCAACCUCUGCUACGCUGUCGAGAUGCAUGUUGAAUUCAACGACCGAUGGAGGCGGAAAACCACGGCGGAAUUGAGCAUGGACUUCAAGCGGGAUUUAAAUGCCGCUCAGGUGUUUUUCAACGCCCAUCUCCCAAACUCGACGUUUGUUGGGUACUACGAUACGCACGACACGUCCGUCAUUCUCUUGUCUCGCGACUUCACCGUCAAGCCGUGGAUCGGACUUGCCUCUGCCACGCUCCCCCUGUUCUUGGCCGUCCUCAUC